AUGAUUUGUUUGCCCUACAAGGAGAGCAAGAGACAAGGGAGAACAAGACCCAGAAUCCCAGACACAAAUCAGACGUCGUCCAGCAAGGCGCAACAACACAAGCAAAACCCAAGUUGGGACAUCUUAACAGCAUACCGCAGCAACAGCAGCGCAGCAGCCGUCAUUCGGCCGGGGCCCAACUACUGUCAACUACUGGGCAACUACACCAUACUAGUCGAGUCUACGCUACGCUCUUUUGUCUCCUCUGAGUCUCCUCUCGGCAGUGCGCAGACGCUAAAACCCAGUUCUGGGAUGUGCUCAACUGGGGCCCCCGGGCAGUUGGUUGGAUUGUUGGACUGGUGGAUGGGGGGGGUGGGCGGAGAGGUGUGGGUGGAUGGGUGGAUGGGGUGA